AUGGCUUCGGCCGCAGAGACUGAUGCAAUGCCCUCUGCAGUUCCUGCAUCUCCCAGGACUCAUCCUGCAUGGACUUCCAAAGCACAUCGAAGGCCUCGGCUGCAAGGUCCCAACAGAACACCGAGAUUUUAUCCUGUUGUCAAAGAACCAAGAGCCAUCGAUGGAAAGAGUCCACGAAAGAGGAAGACGAGUCUCAGCACCAACCCCCCUCUAGAGUGUCACGUUGGGUGGGUGAUGGAUUCCCGGAACCAUGGGCCAAGACCACCCUCUGUCAGCUCCAAUGGUUCACCUUCGGAAGGUGCACCACUCCCAGGAGGCUGCAGCUGCACGCCUCACUCAUUCCCAAAGUUCCAGCAUCCUUCUCAUGAACUGCUGAAGGAAAACGGCUUCACCCAGCAAGUGUACCACAAGUAUCGCCGAAGGUGUUUAAGUGAAAGAAAACACUUAGGAAUUGGACAGUCACAGGAAAUGAACACCCUCUUUCGUUUCUGGUCCUUCUUCCUCAGAGACCACUUCAACAGGAAAAUGUAUGAGGAAUUUAGACAACUUGCUUGGGAAGAUGCAAAAGAGAAUUACAGGUAUGGGUUAGAGUGUCUUUUCAGGUUUUAUAGUUAUGGACUGGAAAAAAAAUUCAGACAAGAAAUUUUUAAGGAUUUUCAAGAGGAAACCAAAAAAGACUACGAAUCUGGCCAGCUAUAUGGACUGGAAAAAUUUUGGGCCUAUUUGAAGUAUUCUCGAUCUAAGACACAGUCUGUCGACCCAAAACUUCAGGAAUACCUCUGUAGUUUUAAGAAGUUAGAAGACUUCCGUGUUGAUCCACCCAUUAGUGAGGAAUUUGGAAGAAAAAGACAUUCAUCUGCUCUUGGGGAGGAGAGUACUCGACACAGACUUCCGUCGCUAUCCGCCACACCGCCACCACCUGCUGCUCAGCCUGCGUCUGCGCCGGAGAAACCUCUGGCUCCCAGGGACAACUCACCGUGACAGCGGCCUCGGCCUCCGUGGGGGAAGUAGACCUCACACAGAAGCCGCGUGUCCUUGAAAUCAGCAUUAGCUUCUCCUGAUGUUUAAUUGUGAUAAUCAGAAAACAAAAAGGAAGAAAAAUGGUUGUCUGUUUUUCUGGCAAGAUGAAUUCCACAAACAAGGUCUGAUUGACCUUAGGAGAUCCUGUAGUCCUGCACCUUGGCCUCCUGUCUUCUCGAAGGCCAUUAUUUACAAAAUCCCUUUAGUACAUUUACAGGCGCGCACAAGGACCAGCUGACAGUCCUGCUCCUCCUUACGGAAGAUCCAGUACGCUGUAUUCGUCUCUUCUAUGGAACUCUAGGGUCAAAUCGUCACUGUCAGUCCAGAUCUGAACGUAUCAAAAGCAAGGAAGGAUUUUGUAUAUAGGUUUUAAGUUCAGAAAUGGAUAUGAAAGAUACAUAUUUUUCUGUACAUACGCAGUUUGAAGGAUUUUUUUUUUAACAAAACAACGCACAGCUGACUGUAAUUGUCGCGAGGCCUGUGGGCUUUGGGAUGUGGCUGAUUUCGCAGUGUUGUGUGGACGUGGAGCUUUCUGAAUUGGCAUAAGUUGGGUAUGUAGAUUCAGACAGUUUGACUUUUGUGAUUCUACAAAAUCUUGCACAUGUAACUGAAAACAACUGGGCUCUGUUGGAAUGCUUGUGUAAAUAAAUUAAUUUGUUUUGAAGGUGUCUGCUGUUUAUAUCUGCCAGUGGGCGUGUCAGCAGUCACAUGACCAUUCACCUAGGAGAAGCAUUUAGGUUUUUUUUUUUAAAUUUUGUCUUAUGCUCACAAUUGUCUUCAAGAGUUGAAACAAAUUUAUUUCUAAUUCUUAGUGCUAUUG